GAACAACGUCGUUACAAAGAACAUUGCCCUCUACGCACGGAAUAAUGGAUAUAGACACGCAGCAGAAACCCGGCGCUCAAGUGCGCAUUCAAUUCAGUACGAGAGAUAACACAUUGAAUCUCCCGCAGCUCACGCCUAUCCUUGUUCCUACCUCCGUUCGACGUGCAGGACUAUCAGAACUCGUGAAUAGCUUGCGAACUCCUGAGCCGCGUGUGCCACUGCAGUUCCUCAUCAACGGCCAAUUCCUGCGAACCACAAUCGAUGAAUUCCUCACUGCUCACGGCAUAUCGGCCGAGACAACACUGCCUGUCGAAGUAGUGCGCGCUUUACUCCCGCCGACAUACGUCUCGUCGUUUGAACACGAUGAUUGGGUGAGCUCUGUGGACGUCCUACCUUCUGUUUCAGAUGCAAGAAUAAUGUCUGGCUCUUUCGACGGUCUUAUAAGAGCGUGGGAUGCGACACAGGGUGCACUUCUGGCCUCCUCUGAGUCUGGCGGUCACGCAUCAUCGAUUAAGGCUGUAAGAUGUAUCUCUGAGAACAAACUUGUCUCCGGUGGCUGUGACAGAACAGUGCGUGUGUGGAAAUAUAAUGAGGAAGAAAAGACGAUACGGCAAACGCUGGAGUUAUAUGGACACAGAUCAGGCGUCGAAAGUGUUGAUGUAAACACUGCCUCAUCUCGUAUUCUUUCGGCGUCAAGCGACCACAAAGUAGGCUUGUGGUCGAGUUCUGCUUCCUCCUCUCCCGAAGCUCCGGCCUCGCUUCUCCCCUCAGCUUCUACCGCAGGCAACAAGAGAAGGAAGCGUUCUAAAUCAGAUCUUUCUCACGCACCCCAGCGUGGGCCAAUUUCUCUUAUGGAAGGUCAUACAGAUGUUGCCUCUGCUGCUGUUUUCAAGCUGCAAGAUGCCACCGUUGCAUAUUCUUCCUCGUGGGACCACACCGUCCGCACAUGGGACCUGACAACUUCGAAACAAGUCGACUCGAAAUCUACAAUGCACCCUCUUCUCUGCCUCAUGGAACUUCGCGGUCUCAGUCUUCUUGCUGCAGGGUCGUCCGCACGCCACAUCACACUCAUCGAUCCUCGCGCGUCAGCCUCCAAGAUCUCCGCCAUGACAUUACGCGGCCACACAAAUGCCGUCGUGUCUUUAGCGCAAGAUCCGUCUUCGGACUACUCACUCGUCUCUGGAAGCCAUGAUGGCUCAUGUCGUGUGUGGGAUAUUCGUAGCGUGCGUCCGAGCACAAAUGGCCAGGAAGGUGGUCAGACAGGCGAAAGCCUGUAUGUGUUCCAUCGUGAAUCUGUAGGUCAAGCAAAGAAGAGCCCCGAGGGUGGUAAGGGAGUCAAAGUAUUUGACGUUCGGUGGGAUAAGGACUUGGGAAUUCUCAGCGCAGGCGAAGACAAAAGGGUGCAGAUAAACAAACCCGGUGUAAUACAGGCUCCCAGCUAGAUAGUUCUGGAGCCAUAGCAAGAUAUAGUAGUCUCUUUCGCCCCAAAUUCGGAUGACUAAAACAUGAUCUCAUUCAAUGGAUGCGAAUUGGCUCGUCCAGAAUUAAUGCUUCAAUUUUUUGGAGUAAAAAACCACACUUAAUUAAAAAAAAAUUCCAAUGA